GGAGGUUGAUAAAGGUUAUGGUGUAAACAACGUGUAGCUUCUAGUCAGUGGGAUUCUGAUACAGAUCUAACAGGUGACAAGGGAGACAAACCAGACAUGGAUUUUGUUUGUGUGUGUCAAACCGUUCUCUCUCUGGUCUUAAUUAGCCAUCUUUUGGUUGUCACUGAUGCUACUCUCUCUAAGGGACAAAAGAAGAAAAAGGCCCAAACAACAGAAUAUAGCAGCCAGAAUGUUUUUGACAGAGACCUCGUAACAGAAAAUAUCAAAAUUAAGGAUAUUCUACAAGAACACAAGGCCUACUGUGAUGUGGAAAAAGAUAUCAAGAGGUUUCCGGGUAAAACGCUGGCUUAUGUCACCCCUUGGAAUAACCAUGGUUACACCAUUGCCAAGAAGUUUUCACAAAAGUUUUCCUAUGUGUCUCCAGUGUGGCUUCAAAUAAAGCGGAAACCAGGAGGUGCCUUUGUUAUACAGGGCACACAUGAUGUGGAUCAUGGUUGGGUGGAUGAAGUGACUGCAGGGAAACAUGCCAAAAUGUUGCCUCGUAUGUUUUUUGAUGGCUGGAAUGGAAAAGACUACGGCGCCCUCUUCAGCAGUGAAGAUACCAUGGAAGACUGUAUACAAGUUAUUAUGGACUUCAUUAAGCAAAACAAGUUUGCUGGAGUGGUGGUAGAGAUCUGGUCACAGCUUGGGGGACAGGCCAGCAAGGAGCUGCGCCACUUCCUGAAUCAUUUAGGAGAAACAUUCCACAAAGCAAAGAAACUGUUUAUACUAGUAAUCCCCCCGCCUGUGUAUCCUGGUGGGGUGAUAGGCAUGUUUACCAGGGAGGACUUUGAGGCCCUGGAAAAUAAUGUUGACGGUUUUAGUUUGAUGACGUACGACUUCUCCAGUCAGAGGAAACCAGGAGCCAACAGUCCUAUCACCUGGGUCAAGGAUUGUAUAGAAACACUGGUGCCAGAGGAAGAUCGAACAUCAAGGUCUAAAAUCUUACUAGGGCUCAACUUCUACGGAAACGACUUUACCAUGGUCAAAGGAGGCAAUGGAGGAGCGAUCGUUGGUAACCAAUACAUAGAUAUACUGAAGAAGUUUAAGCCAAAGCUACAGUGGGUGGAGGAGACCGCAGAACAUGUGGGCGAGUACAAAUCUAUGGGAGAGAUACACAAUGUACAUUUCCCGACUCUUCACUCUAUACAAGUUCGACUAGACCUAGCCAAAUCAAUGGGUACCGGAAUCUCCAUCUGGGAAAUUGGACAAGGCUUGGAUUAUUUCUACGACCUCCUAUAGACCAAAAACAUUGACAAAGGAUGGCUUACAUGGACAUGUAAUUUUUCAAACUCUGUAAAUUUGGUUUACCAUCUUCUCUUCUUUUUUUAAUACAGUCCUUGAAUAUUCCAAACAGUGAUUGACAAAACAAAACAAUGGUUUGUGUUUUCCAUCUCUUUAAAUAAUAUAUGGCUUAUUCUUUUGAUAACCUUAAUUAUGUAUAAAUUGAAUAUCCCAAAGGAGGAUUUGUCUGCUGUAAUUUAAUUAUCACUGUGACUGGGACUUAGUUGCAUUUAAUUUAUGAUUCUUUUAGAGCUUUAAUGACUUUUAUUUUCCAUAUAUUUAUCAUUUAAAAUAAUGUGCAAGUUUUAAGAUUCAAAAUGUUUACCCUUAAUAAUAAUACAGAAUAUCACAAGGACUUCGACAAUGUAUGUAAUUCAGGUAAUACACAAAAAGAAAAUAUGGGGUAAAGGGUGUGUAUUAAAACUUGUCAUUAUUAAUUCUAUUACAAUUGUGGGAUUUAUCUCAUUUUGUACACUGAGGAUUUUUUUUUCUCACGAGAAAACCAGUUUAACACUGUCCAUGGAGAGGUUUUACAGUAUAAAUAUAUGUUUUGUUUAUAAACAUCAGCAUAUCACCAGAA